AUGAAGGCCAGACUCCCGAGCGCCGCAGCGCCGUCCCUACGGAGAGCAUCACAACCCCGCCGGCACCGCCAGCUCUUCGCUGCCACGCUCCCGAUCCGCGCGGCGAGCUCUCUCUCCCAGCGGCCCGACUCCAAAUAUGUCUCCUUCCCCGGCGCGCUGAAGAGCGCCUUCACCAACACGCUCAAGUUCGAGCUGCCCGCCAACUUCCCCGCCAUGCCGACCUACCGCGUCGUCGACCAGAACGGGGAGAUUGUGGACCCCUCCUUCAAGCCCGACCUAAGCGACGAGGAGGUCGUCAAGCUGUACAAGCACAUGCUCCUGACUUCCAUCAUGGACGUCCUCAUGUUCGACUCCCAGCGGCAGGGGCGCAUCAGCUUUUACAUGGUGUCGGCAGGUGAAGAGGCCGUCUGCGUGGGCUCGGCAUCGGCUCUGACCAAGGAGGAUGUCAUCUUCUGCCAAUAUCGAGAGCAGGGAUUGUUCGCACAACGGGGAUUUACACCGAAGGACUUCAUGAGCCAGUUGUUCGCAAACAAGAAUGAUGUUGGAAAAGGGAGGAAUAUGCCUGUGCAUUAUGGCAGCAAGGAGCUAAACAUUCACACAAUUUCCUCUCCUCUCGCAACGCAAAUACCACAGGCUUCAGGCGCCGCAUAUGCGCUCAAGAUGCAGAGAUUACAUGAUCCCUCAAUACCCCCAAGAGUGGUGGCAGUAUACUUCGGCGAAGGCGCAGCGAGCGAGGGCGACUUCCACGCCGCAUUGAACAUCGCAGCAACGCGGUCAUGUCCUGUCAUUUUCAUCUGCCGCAACAACGGCUACUCUAUUUCUACGCCGGCAUUAGAGCAAUACCGAGGAGAUGGUAUUGCGAGUCGCGGUCUCGGAUACGGUAUCGACACCAUUCGAGUGGAUGGCAACGACUUAUGGGCUGUGAGGGAGGCCACAAAGAAGGCAAGAGAAAUGGCGCUUCAGGAUGGAGGCAAGCCAGUUCUGAUAGAGGCCAUGACAUACCGGGUGAGCCAUCACAGCACAUCUGAUGACUCGUUCGCGUAUCGCUCAAGAGUGGAAGUCGAGGAGUGGAAGAGGCGGGACAAUCCAAUCUCCAGGUUGAGAAAAUGGAUGGAGGCAAAAGGUAUCUGGAAUGAAAAUAUGGAAAAGGAAUCGCGGGAUAGCAUUAGAAGAGAUCUGCUCAAGGCAUUCCAGGAAGCGGAAAGGGAGAAGAAACCGCCGAUGAGGACUAUGUUCGAGGAUGUCUAUGAGGAGCUGACGCCGGACCUCAAGGCCCAGAUGAAGGAGCUCAAAGAACACUUGGAUCAGUACCCAGAUGAGUACGAUUUCAGCGAGUUUGAGGGCGGCAAAGAUACCCUGAAGCCGUAG